UAGUCUUUGGAUAUAACUAACGUGUGAUUGUCAUAAUAUGAUUAUUGUUAAUUAGGAUAAGAUGCAUAUUUACGGAUUCUUUGUCUUGAUUGGAAGACACAGAGAAUUCCGAGGUGGUCGCACACACACACAUUAUUAUUCUCUCCUCCCAUUGCUGAAAUACUGCGUAAUUUAACAAAGAACUGAUUCCUGACCAGUUGACGAUCAAUCGCCGAAUCCCUCAAAUUCAAAAUGCAGGACGCCAAAGUUUUAUUUGUUUUCUUGAAAGCUGGAUCAACCGCGGCUCUGCAUCCCUCCAUUGAUUUAUCGCCUUUUCUGUUUUGUUCUCUCCCUUAAAACGCUUUUGGACCUUCUAUGUUGCCCAAAUUUCUUCAAUUCCGUUUCUGCUCUUGGUUCUGCGGUUCAGGAUUUAGUUAUGGAAACUCGGAUUGCUGGGUCGAAGUAACUACUUGAUUGACAGCAACUAAUGGAAGUUGGUGACUGAGAUAACGUCGGAAAAUUUUAUCUUAGUAACAACAGAAGUUAUUGCGUUUUCGUCGUCCUGCCAUUAAAUUUAGCUAUUGGCUACUUGGAAUAUAAGCCAUUGAAAUGUAUGAUACGGAGCUUGAGUUCCCAAGCGAAGAACUAUUAUCGUGCUUGGAUAUGGCGAAUGCACAGAGUAGUUGCUCGUUUGAUAUAGAUGAGUUUCUUGUUCGAACGCAAGCCUGCAAUGAUGCUCUUGGUGGGACAGAGGCCUGCCCUGACCUUCUUGGUCGAACACAUGCCUGCACCCAUGCCCAUGCUUGCAAUCCGCCGGGCCCUGAUAAAUCCCACACUCACACUUGUAUUCAUGUCCAUACCCAAAUUAUGCCCACCCCCGGUGAAUUGCAUGCUCCCGGUGAUGAUACGGCGGAGUCGGUGGGGAAGAAAGCCAAAAAACGGCCAUCAGGAAAUAAUGAAGCUGUACGCAAAUAUCGGGAAAAGAAGAAGGCUAGGGCUGCAUCUUUGGAGGAUGAAGUUGUUAGAUUGAGGGCUCUGAACCAGCAUCUAAUGAAGAGGCUGCAGAGUCAGGCUUUACUGGAGGCUGAGGUUGCUCGACUCAAGUGCUUGCUUGUGGACAUUAGAGGGAGGAUUGAAGCAGAAAUCGGAUCUUUUCCUUACCAGAAGUCCACAAAAAGUGGAUAUGUCUAUCAAAACAUUGCUAAUUCUAAUCCCCCUAGCACUUACGUGAUGAAUUCAUGUAAUGUACAGUGCAAUGAUCAGCUUUAUUGCCUUCACCUUGGAUCAGAAACUGGAGCAUUUAAUGGUCAAGGCCUUGGUGAUUGUGAAUUUGACAAUCUUCAAUGUUUGGGAAAUCAAAUUUCUGGCUCGAACCAGCUCCCUGGUUGUGGAUUUGGCAGUGUUAAUUGUGCGUCUAACAGCCAGACUACCGGUGGCACUAAGAGAAGAGCAGGUGCACGUGCUCGUAAGGGUUAGUUGAAGCGCUAUUCAAAUGGAGACAUCUUAAUAUCCAGAAUCUACAUUCCCGUUCUUGUUCAUUUCAUUCUUGAGUGAUAGCAUCUUGUAAAGCCGCAGUUGGCUGUGCUUAGAGCUCUUUAGUUAGGCGCUGGUGGGCUUACAUGAAUGUCAAACUUCUCUAAAUUGCGUCAGAGACUAGGACAUUCAGACUUUCAGAGCAUAGCAGCAGAACUCGAGGAAGACGCAAAGCUCUGUUAGCUUUCUUUCUCAACCAUGAGAUUGAUGUUGUAAUUUUUCAGAUCAUUUUUCCCUUCACCAGUGUUUGCUGAGUUUGAAAUUACAGGGACCAUGUUCUUCACAAAACUUAGUACAACAUAUGUGAAUAGCUGAUCUCUAUAGCCCGACAUGAUAACGACUAAUCUUGACUCAGACAAA